CAGUGUAGCUGGGGGAGGUAUCUAGCGCUCACACGGUCACGACAGCUCUCAGUGACAGGUCGCAGGGGUAGCGCGCAGAAAGGCGAGAUAGGAGAAAGCUAAUAGAGAACAUUUGAUUUCACGGGUUUCUCUGUCAAAAAGAACGCUAAAAACUUUUGUCAUAGGGUGGAUGGACAAGAAUGCUGAAAUUUUUGUUUUACAGGGACACGUCUGCUCCAGAUCAGAUAAAAUACUUUUUGACAGUUCGGACCCGGGAGGGGGAGGGGGAGGGGCGCAUCUGCACCGAAUAGAUAAGCCGCUGAGGGUUAGGGAGACACUUUAGACCUGACUUUGGCGUCCGAGGGGAAGGGUCUUCCAGGAAAAACACAUUCUAAAAUAACACGUGGUAAGGCGGGACUUCCUGUAAAAGAGCACGUGGUAAGGCGGGACUUCCGGUAAAAAGGGGGCGGGGCCACCUGUCAAAGUUGUGACGUGGCAGCUUCUGAUUGGAAGCUGUCAAUUUUGACGAAAGGUGGUUUAUAUUCCUCUCUGUGGGUGUAAACGGAAUGAAGUGACACGACACACCUGACGGGCUUAAAUUAAAAGUCUCACCUCCUUGAAAGCAGAAACUCAUUCAGUUGCUGCCGCUGAGACGAGAAAAUGGCACAGAACAGAGAUGAGCAAGAGAUAGCGGAGGGCGUGGGGAAUAUCACACUCCAAGAUGCUCCUGCUGGACCAGAGCCAGAGCCAGUGCCAGAGCCAACGACCAGAGCUGGAUUCUUACGAUAUUAUCGCAACAUCACUCUGGAUCCAGACACAGCACACGAAAAGCUAAUUUUAUCUGAGGACGACAGAAGAGCAACAAGAGUGACAGAACCCCAGCCUUAUCCUGAUCAUCCGAACAGAUUCACUGACAAUUGUCAGGUCCUCAGCAAUGAGAGUCUGACUGGACGUCAUUACUGGGAGGUGGACCUGAGAGGGUUGAGAGCUGUUGUAGCAGUUGCAUACGGGAAUAUCAGCCGAACACCUGAAGAGUCGAUGGUGACACGAUGAGUCUCCUCUACAGAGUCCGGACCACAUUUACUGAGCCGCUGCAUGCUGGAGUUGGAAUUGGAAAUAUAAAUUCCAGUGCUGAGUUCAUUCAUCGAAGGAGAGCUGGUUAAAAAAAUAAAAAAUAAAAUGAGUUCUGCACAUUAGAGUCAUUCCUGGAUGUACAUUUAAAGAUUUAUUUCUGAGUUUGUGGUUUGAUGAAUUCAUUUUGAAUUUCUUCAUAAUUUUGCCUGUUUGGCUGUUAAUGUAUUUGGAAUAUAAUGAGGAAAUGAUCGAUACUUUGGGGAAACUGGAAAUGUGCUAUUGGUCUUUAUGUCUGGAGCUUUGGCUUUACUUUUUAUUAUGAAUGAACGUGGAAAAAUAUAGUGAAUGUGCAACACUUUUAUGGCAGUUUUUUGACACGUACAUGUUUGUUUUUAAGGUCCAUGGUGUUAGUUUUUCAUUUAAUCUUUGUACAAUAAAUAAUGUAUCAGAAUCAACAUUAGUCCUAAUCAGUGAUGAUCAUUUAAAAAAAUAAAAAAUCUCCACAUUAUGUGGAAAAUGUACAUUUAUUUUGUUGUAUUUGAUUUAAAACAACAUCAUUAUGGAAACAAACCAGCGUUUGACAGGUUAAAAUCUGCUAAAUUAAGUAAUAUUCUGAAGUUAUGAUCAGGACUAAUGUUGGUUAAAAAUGUGCUAAAUGACAGUGGUGUGGGAAAUGGUGUGUUUUAUAAUUAGCUCAGAGUGCAUAUUAAAGAGCUGUAUUGGUUCUGAGGAACAGGAAGGUGAAGAGCAUCAUUACCACGGUGUGACUGGAAUGAAACAAAGAAUCAAUAAGAAGGAGCUUAUGCUUUAUUUACUUAUUACUCAUGUGUUUGAAUGUAAGGAUGAUCAAGACAUAAAGUGAUUGAUAAUAAAAUACAGACAGUUUGUUGUAAUCAGUAAAGAACAUGAGCUUGGUGUGUGUGCAGUCUCUAAUCUUGCUUUGCAGCGGUGAAGUCAUUCCUAUGAGAGCGAUAACAACAAAACAUCAGCUGUGACAGAGGACAGCGGAACAACGCAGCAUCGGAAGGAGCAGCCGGCCUUGAUAGAUAUCCACACUGUUAGAGUAUAAGAAGACUGGGUCAGGAACAGUUAGUCUGAUUCCAUCUGAACUGACUGAACACUUGUUGUUGGUUAGGGACAGAGGAUUCAGGCCCAGAGCUCUGUAUCACAUUCAGUUUACUGUAAUAAAUACUUUGAUUUUAAGAAGAAGUCUCCUGACUGCUCCAUCAAAAGAACUGGGAGGAAACAGCCUUACACAUAUUCUGUUGGUUAAUUGUAGAAUAGGAAGGAAAAAGGAAAGGGAGGAAAUGUUAUCAUAUGUAUUUUUUGACAAGGAGUAUUUUGUCUUGAAGGUGUGAGUUUUUAAUAAAAAUCCUUGUGUCAUAAAUAUGAGUUAA